GUGCAUGAUGUGUCAUAUCCUGAACGUCCUGCUGGCUUUGCUGAGUCGCUUCCUGUUUGCGGUCCACGGGGUGGUGACAGUGUGGCGUGUGGUGGCCGUUAAAGAGGAGCCACUCUAUUGGCUUCUGCUGACGGGCGUGGCUCUGCUGGGUGUGGAAAUGGCUAUCACUCUGAAGUGCACCCAAAAUGCUGAGUGGAAAUGGUUCUCCCCCAUGGUCUUCCUCUACCUCAGUACUGUCAUCCCGUCCAUUUGGUUUCUGGAGCUUAGCCUGCUGCAGUCCAAGCUGCCUGUCAACAAUUCCUCAGGCCCUGAGCUUCAUUUGCUGGCUCACAUCCCGAUCACGGCGAGCAUUGUGGGGCUUGACCCAGAGGACUGGGUGGCUGGCCUGGAGCAGACCAUGCUCAUAGUAUUGGUACUGGGUCGUUGGCUGAUGCCCAAGGGGGAUAUGUCUCGCGACCAGCUCUCCCAGCUCCUCAUGGUCUAUGUUGGACUGGGCGCCGACAUCCUGGACAUCUUCGACACCUUCAAGGAACCUGAGGUCAAGACCAACCGAGCGGUUGUCAUCAGUGGCUUGGCCCUCUUCUCUUGGGCGCUCAUGCAGUUUCCUCUGGUGCUCACCCAGACACAACCCCCAAAAGGUGAGUCUCCAGCGAGGAACUUGGGUGGUCUCUCCUGCUGCCCCGGUGCUCCGUCAGCAUUCGCCUCCUGCUGCUCCAGUGAAGUGUGGAGCCUGCUGCUCACGGUGGGACUCCAAGAUGGCCCUUUCCUGCUUUACCGGCUCUUCCUCAUGAUCCAAGAGCAGGUACUCAACCAGCUGAUGAUCUUCUUCACCUGCAAGAACAUCCUCAUCGUCCUCUUGGAGCUUUAUCGAAUUUUUGUAGUGCAGUGCGAGCAGCCGGUAGGGGGAUUAGGGUUGGAGAGGUGUGCUGCUUUGGUGCUCCGAUGUCGUACCAAGAGGGGUGGGAAGGAGGAGGAGGAGGAGAAAGCAGGCAGAGAGGAGUGUGGGGAAGAGCAGAACCUUCAUACAGACACAGAAAGGGGCACAGAGAGGGAGGAAGAUCAGAGAGGUGUCCAGGUAUAGAAAGGCUCAAAAUGCCGUGAGGCAUGACUUUUGGCCCUCGGGGGGGGGCUUUCACACACCAAGAGAAAAG